UUGGUUCUUUAUUCUAUGCCUCCGCCUCCUGUUCCGGUCGUCGUCGCCCACGUGUUCCCGGUCCUGCGGCGGCUGCAUCACGGCACAUCGCUCGGAAGCUGCGUGAACGACGACCGGUAUCAACUCUUGCCGGUGUCAAGGCCACACGUCGCGAACAUGGGCGACCAAAAGCACCGAUUCCUCAUUCUGGGAGGGACUGGCUUUGUAGGACGACACCUUGUCGACCAUUUGCUCAAGAGUGAUGUUGCUUCAAAGAUCAGAGUUGUGGACAAGGUUCCUCCACAAAUGGCAUGGCUAAACAGUGCUCACAAGGAAUUAUAUGAAAAUCCAACUGUGGAGUUCAAGAGCGCGAAUCUCAUCAACCCAGCCUCGUGUAAAGCAGCCUUUGAAGACCCAGAAGGGCCAUACGAUUUUGUGAUCAACCUAGCAGCAGAGACGAAGAUAAACUUACCAGACUGUGUAUAUGAAGAAGGAAUCUUAAAACUAAGUAGGAAUUGUGCUAGGGAAGCACUCGGCCACCGUCCAAAACGGUACAUCGAAGUCUCAUCUGGUCACAUGUAUGCUGAGGGAAAAAAACCAGCACAAGAGCAUUUUCCAUUGGAACCAUGGACAGUUACGGCUCAGCUAAAGCUAGCCGUGGAGGAAGAUCUGCAAGAAAUGAAAGAUCUUGAUUACGUGAUUUUGCGUCCCGCCAUCGUCUACGGUGUUGCUGACAAGCAUGGCAUUGUUCCGCGCAUUCUAGUAGGUGCUGUCUACAAGCACCUAAAGGAAACGAUGAAGCUUUUGUGGACUAAGGAUCUCAAGAUGGACACGGUGCAUGUGUUGGACCUGUGCCGUGCCAUCUGGCACGUAUGUCUCCACGGGAAGUCUGGAGAUGUCUACAACGUUGUUGACCAGGGGCACACAACACAAGGAAAAGUGACUGAGAUCAUUUCUGAAAGAUUCUCAAUAAGCCACAGCUACUGGGGAACUGCUGCUUCACUUAUUGCAAAGACUGACAUGGAAUCGACUGUGGAGCAGGUUAAUGAGAAGCAUCUGUCUCCCUGGGCAGAGGCAUGCCUGAAGGACAACAUCACCAACACGCCACUGUCUCCAUACCUCUGUCAGGAGCUUCUCACAGAUAGGAAUUUGUGCUUGGAUGGAAGCAAGCUUGUCGGCACCGGUUUCACGUAUCUCGUUCCCGAGAUGACAAAGGAACGCAUUAACGAAAUAGUCGAAGACUACGUUGAGAUGGGCCUGUUUCCAAGGUCACUGCUUCGGUGAUGCAAGGGCGAUGAGCAGAGCGAAGUGGACAGAAGUGCUAGUCAACUUCUGGUCAUCUACAGAUAACUUUAACGUGCCUUGCGAGUAUUUCUCCAGAUCGACGACAGCGGCCAUCACCCGAGUGCAACGUGCAAGCCAGUUUUUUUUGCCUGGCUCUCGUUUUUUGUAGGUUAUUUACAGCUUGUAGGCCCCGAGGAGUCUCUUCGUCUUUUUCACUCUCUAUACAGUAUAUCUAGUAUUUUACAUUCCAUGAGCGAGUUUUUGCUUGCAUUGUUGAAACCUGCCAACGCCUUUGAUGCUCUCUGAAGCUUUUUUGCCUGCAGUCUAGUUGAUUGUAUUGUUUUGUGAUACAAUAUUUCAAUAAAAGAUUUUAAGCCGUUGUGCCAAGUA